UCUCCGGGCUCAGAGAGGAUGCUGGCACCUUCCCUCCGGACAGUAAGGGACGCGGGCGGAGAGGGGACACCCCGGCGACUUCUGCCCAGCUCUCAGCUGACUAAACCGACGAGGGAGUGAGAGACGCGCCGUCGCCAUGGAGAAGCAGAGCAGACUGGACAAGGAGGACGGGAUGUCGAAGGAGGAGAGGCGCAGAGACAAGAAGCCCAGAUCCGGGAAGCUUUUCCGCGUCAGGUCGCUGAAGUCCGUGGGGAGCUUCGUGAACAGGAUCUUCAAAACUUUGGGCACUUUCACCCACUUUGGGGACGCCGCUGACGCGCGGGACGCGGAGGACGACGACGGGGGGUUUCGGACUAAUGGCGCACCUUGCACCCUCAGCGCCAGCUCGGGGGUCAUGGUGAAGGAAGAUGCGCAGCAGGCGGGUCGGGAUCGUCCGGUGAAAGCCCCUCCGUGCACCUCCUCUCUGUGCGCGGGCGGAGAGAAACUCCUCCACCAGUACGGAGACAAAAUCCCCGGGGUUCUGGGUCUGAAGAACCUCGGGAACACCUGCUUCAUGAACGCCGUGGUCCAGUGUUUGAGCAACACGGAUCUGCUGGCGGAGUACCUGGGUCUGGAGCGGUACCGGAUGGACCUGGACCAGAACGGGCUGGUGAAGGGAGAAGUCACGGAGCACCUGGCAGCUCUGGUCAGGGCUCUGUGGACUCUGGAGUACACCCCACAGCUGUCAGUGGACUUCAAGACUGUCGUGUCUAAAUAUGGGUCACAGUUUCGUGGUAAUUCCCAGCAUGAUGCCCUGGAGUUCCUCUUGUGGUUGUUGGAUCGUGUCCAUGAAGACAUCAUGCUGGCGUCUCACAACAACAACAACAAGACAAAAGGUCCUGGAAAGGAUACCAGUGGAGCUGAGGAGGUGCUGUGCUCGGAUCGGAUCCAGUCCCAGCAGCCCAGGGUCCAGCACAGUUUUGUCCAGGAACAUUUCCAGGCUCAGUACAAAUCCUCCCUGACGUGCCCGCAUUGCUUGAAACAGAGCAACACCUUUGACCCGUUCCUCUGCAUCUCUCUACCCAUUCCCCUCUGUCAGACCAGACUGUUGUGUGUCACUCUGGUGUUCAGCACCAAAGGACAGCGGUAUCUGCGGGUUGGGCUGGCGGUGCCUCUCUUUGGUUCGGUUGCGUGCCUGAGAAGGAUGGUGGCUGAUGAGGGGAAACUUUCCCCAGACCAGGUGAUCCUGACAGAGGUUUACUCCACAGGGUUCCAGCGCUCCUUCUUUGAUGAAGACGAUCUAACAAGCAUAGCUGAAAACGACGUCAUCUACGCUUUCCAGGCUCCACCGCUGUACAUCAGAGGGGGCUCUGCACGCAUCUCAGGGUACCACCACAGCUUGCCCUCGUCUCCGUACGCCACUGGUCCUGAGGGUCAAAGGUUGCCGUCAUCUGGGGCAUUAUCGUCAGAGUUCCUCAACCACGGAGUCCCUGUAAAGAUUCUGCUGCUGGUCUGUAACGCUGCUGGAGCGGGCCAACAAACCGCCAGAUUUGGACCACCAUUCCUAAUGAGGGAGGACAGGUCUAUUUCCUGGGACCAACUUCAACAAAGCAUCCUCAGCAAGCUUUAUUACCUGAUGAUCAACGGAGCUCCAGCUCAGAAUACCAGAGUACUUUUCAACAUCCGUGUGGUGGGAGGAUCACCGUUUUACAGCUACUUGUCACCUCAGGAUGGGCGGCCGCUCCAUCAUCCUGCUGUCGACAGAGCUCUGAAGCUGUGCGGCUCAGGAGGACCUCCUCACGUGAAGCUCGUCAUCGAGUGGGAGCACAGAGUCAAAGACUGCCUGUUUGGAAACAUUCACGAGGAAGUGGUGAAGGACGCGGACAGCGUGAGGAAUCUGCAGCAGCAGCACGUCCAGCAGUUCAGCUGCACUUUAGACGAGUGCUUCCAGCUCUACACCAAAGAAGAGCAGCUUGCCCCAGACGAUGCCUGGAAAUGCCCCCACUGUAAGCAGCUGCAGCAGGGCAUGGUGAAGAUGAGCCUCUGGACCCUGCCGGACAUCCUCAUCCUCCACCUGAAGCGCUUCAGACAGGUGGGCGAGAGGAGGAACAAGCUCACCACGUUUGUGCACUUCCCCCUGGCGGGCCUGGACAUGACGCCUCACAUGGUGAACCGCAGCAAGGCUCCACAGCAGGUCCCCCUUCAGCCAGGCUGGAAGCACUCCAGGAAACCGGACCUGGCUCCUCCGGACUUCCUGUAUGAUCUGUAUGCUGUCUGCAACCACCACGGAGGGAUGCACGGUGGUCAUUACACAGCUUUUUGUCGUAACUCUGUGGACGGUCAGUGGUACAGUUACGAUGACGGCAACGCCGAGUCUGUUCCAGAGGCGGAGGUGUGCACACGUGGAGCGUAUAUUCUUUUAUACCAAAAAAGAAGCACCAUGCCUCCCUGGUCGGCAAGCUCCUCAGUCACUGGUUCUACCAGCUCAUCGGUCUCUGACCACUGGCUGGUCCGACUCAGAAGGGGGAGUGAGAGGGGCAGCGUGGUUUCAGGUGAUCCUGCAGCUUUGGAGGCCGUGCAGGCUUCAGAGUCUCCUGAGCUGCCAGUCUUUAGAGAUGAAUGCAUCAAAAGAGCCGAAACGGACGGAUCUGGAGUCAACCAGCUGGUUCGAGGGACCCAGGUCAGGAGUUUAAGCAUGAGGUCACCGGCUAAACCCAAGGAUACCCUGAGCAAAGUUAUCCCACUGAGGUGGUCCUUUGGGUCCAAAGACCGCAUCAAGCACUCAGGUCCAACUCAGUCUGGAGAGCUGGUGGAGUACCUGGAAUCUGGACGCCGACCACGAUGCACUAAAGACCCUAUCAUCGCCUUGGUGGCCACUCCGCCUUUGAGGGACACCCGAGGAAGAGUCGUCGAAGUGGGUCAGGACUGCAGCUCACCGAGCGGCAGUAGUCUCAGCUGUACAGAAAGACUUGGCUCUGACACGUCUUAUUCCCCCAAAAGACCAGAGGGACAGAGCAGGCCCUGUCUGGAGAGAAACCUCAGUCAUGGAUCUGGAACCGGCAGUCGUAUCAAAUUCAGAGAUGAUGAUUUUCUGAGGCAGGGAUCGUCUAAAAAACUGAGGACAGAUCAGGUCAGAGCCCUGGAUUUCCAGCUGCAGAGAGGGGGCAUUCUGGGUGGUCACAUAAGCCACAGUGCUCCACCAAGCAGAGACUCCACACUGAAAAGGACCAAGGUCCAAACAGGUGGGACCUACAGGUGCCAAAAAGACUUAUUGCAGAUGGGUGUUCAAAGUGAGGACAGGAAGGGGCAGAGAGGAGAAGAGGCUCAGAGCCAGGACGGCCUUGUGUCAAUUCUCAAGCCUGUUUUUGUGAAGAAAGACAUUCCUAGAUCACCAGUUAAAGAACAAGACAGACGAACAAACCUGGGAAAACUGGCAAACAGUCAUUUGGCCAAGCUUUCUUUCUCCAACGGGACACUUCCUGCAGUGCAACAAGAAGACAAGAGAGGGUACAUCAUCCCCAGCUGUGACCCCCAGAAUUGCAAAACUCUGCUGGUGAAUGGAAAAGCUGGGACUCUGGAGCCUGUCGACAUCAAGCGAGCUCACAGCUCCAGCAACAUCGAAACGAAGCUGGAUGUAACGUUUCGCAGGUGUGCCUCUCUGCAGAGGAACGGGGACGUUGUGGUUCCUGCAUCGCACCGAGUCCUGCUGUCAGACAAGACUGGCUGCUCCACUUUACAGCGGACCAGAUACAGCACCACCUCCCUGGUGCCCAUGUGACAUCCCAUAGCGACCUCUGAAGACGAGGACCUCCCUUCUGGUUUCUGCUCUGAGCUCCAGCAGAA